UAUAACUGCUCUAUGUCAAGUGCUUGCCUGUGUUGAAAUUUUUACAUUUGUAUAUAUAGAAAAAUCCUUGUGCCCGGUUCAUCUUUUUAGCUGUUUAAUGAUUUUUUUUAAUCUGCGUAUGUCGCGAUUUCAUUUCCCCGUCUGUAGAAAGUGUGUCUCGGACUGUUACUUCGUAUUUGGUAGAAAUAGAAGUCGUUCUUCAAAUAGUUGUUUGAAGGUGCAUUCUUUCUUCGGACUUUUUUGGUUUCUGCAGUUCAUCAUAGAUGUUGUUUUUAAGAAGAAUGUAUUUCAUAGCUGGUUUAAGAAAUUAUAGAGUAAAAACCAUCGUUUUAGAAUUUAACUUAUAAAAAGAACAAUCUUUUUAAUGAUCCAAUGAGGGAGCAAAUGUAUAGAUUGGUGUGCAUGACGAAGAGAUAUUUGCGGAAAAUGAAAAAAUGUUUUUCAUCUAACUUGUUCGUGCAAUUUGGCAUUUUGAGUUGAGAUUCGAGAAAAAUAUGGUGACCGCUGGCAUGCAUCAGUGAACUUGUCUUGGAAUUACUGAGACCUUACAAUGUCAAGAUUGACUCGCCGAAGCAACUAAGCAGCACGUGUAAAUGGAGUAUGAGGUGGGUACUUAUAUGGUAGAAGUCAUUGGGCUUUCACCAGAAGCAAGUUGGGAAGACGUUUACCAGUUCUUCCUUAACUGUGGAAGUAUUAAACGCUUAGAAAUAACGAGAAUAAGUGCUGACAUUUCUAUAGCCCAUGUCGAAUUUGAGGAAGCUUAUUCCGUGAAAAUUGCUCUUUUUCUCAGUGGGUCUGAGAUUGCUGGUCAGCCAGUAGCGAUAUGUAGCUGCGGAACAUAUAAUGUUGAUCCAUCUCCAUAUCUUGUUGAUUUUGGGGAGGAGGAGAAUGGAAGUAACUCAGUGGCAACACAUUCCAACAGCUUUAUUUCUACUCCUGGAGAAGCUAUGACAGUAGUGCAAGGAGUUAUGCAAACCAUGAUCUUGAAGGGCUACGUAUUAAGUAAAGAUGCACUGUCAAAAGCCAAAGCUUUUGACGAAUCCCAUCAAGUUUCAUCCACUGCAGCCGCCAAGGUUGCAGAACUGAGCAAAAAGAUUGGACUUACUGAUAAAGUCCAUUCAGGAGUAGAGGCCGCAAAAUACGUGGAUGAGAAGUACCAUGUUUCGGAGGUGACGAAGUCAGUGGCAUCAUACACGGGUAGAACAGCUGUGGCUGCUGCAAAUGCUGUGGUUAACAGCAGCUAUUUUGCCAAAGGGGCUCUCUGGGUUUCAGGCGUCCUGGAUAGGGCAGCUAAGGCUGCUGCGGACUUAGGUAACAGAGGUGUCGAGAAAUGACGAUUGUGGAGAAAAAAGUGCCUGUUUGAUUUUUACUUUACUGGAAAGGACUUACCACAAUGUAAUAUUCCUGCAGCAUUUCUUAUGACUGUAUGUACGGUUAUAAAUUGCUGGUCUGGUGACAUGUUGGGGUUAUUUUCAAUUGUUGUCUUCCCCCAAUCAUAAGAUUUCUACAGAUUGUAAUGAAUGGUCCACUUGCAUAUCCUUGUUAACUUGAUUAAAAACAUUUGUACAAAGUGGAGAUAUUUUCAGCA